AUGGCGGCGUUAAGCAGAUAUCAAAGUGGCCCUGCUGGUGGGAUCACCGAGACCACCGAGCGAGAGACCGUACUGCUCUCUUCCUGUCCUCCUCCGCCUGAGAUCCUGCAGGAGGAGAGGCUGCCGUUCAGCGAGGGUGCUGAGGUCGUCCGCCAGCUAACUACCGGGGGCGCUCUCAUCAGCCGGCGCCAGCAGUCCCAGAGAAGAGACAACACGAUGGGCCGGAUAUCGUCCAAGACCUAUAUCAGGCUGCAUGCCCUGUUCCAGGUGGUCCUGGCCGUCUACCUGACCUUCGCUCGCGAGUCCGUUGGCGGGCCGGAGUUGGUGUACAAAGUCCGGGACAAGCUCAGGAUUGACAUUCUCCAGCCGUUCAAUCUCCCGCGGUCACCGUUUGCAUACUGCGGCAUCCUGCUGCUCUCGUUUGCUCUCUUCGACCUGACGCUGGCCAUCAAGCUGCCGACGCUGAACCACGUACUGGCCGUGGCCGAGUUCAUCCAUCGCCAACAGCUUCGACAGCAGCAGGAGCGGCAGCAGAGAGAGUCUCUUCUCCAGUCUCGGGCGUCGUCCUCCUCGUCCUCGUCUACUGCUCGGCCUCCGCCGAUAAUAUCAAGAUCAAGACUGCCAUAUACCCGGCCGCCAGCUUCUCGAAGCUCGUCCACUUCAUCCACGGCCUCCACUGACUCGGACUCGUCUACCUCUACCGAGCUCAAUGAAGCUGCGUUGAAGAUUACCGCCGAGUUCUCCUCCCUCUACCGCCAGCUGUGCAUUCUCCUGAUCACACUUCGGUCAUGGAUAUUUAUGAUCGUGUCGUUGCAGAUUUAUCUCUCCUCUGACACGGAAUGGGGUGCUGCAUCUACAGCCUUGCCGUCAACGGCCACGGUAGGUGGAAUGCCGGCCACAAGCACUCUAGCUGCAAGUACCAUGGCAACUCCUUUCCAAUCUGCGGCCGGAAAGACUAUCCUAUGGCUGGACCAGAACAUGCAUUUUACCCGAGACGGACCCAGCACUGCAGCUGUUGUGUCCAAAUCUGCGUUGGGAUAUGAUGUGAAUGAUCUCAAGAGGAAGAUUGUGCUUGGCUACGGAGUGCUAGAGCUGAUGUUCUCAUGCUGGAUACUGUUUGCACUCCGUCAUGAGAAGAAACAAGCUGAAAACCAACUUCGUGCUGUCGGCAUAGGCGUAGGUGCUGAUAUCAUUGCUGAUAUGUGA